AUGUCAAACGUCCCUUAUGCAAGUGUGGUAGGGAGUUUGAUGUAUGCUCAGGUUUGCACUAGACCUGAUAUUGCUUUUGUGGUAAAUGUUCUUGGACGAUAUUUGUCUGAUCCUGGGCGUGAUCAUUGGGUUGCUGCAAAGAAAGUUUUAAGAUAUUUACAGAGAACCAAGAAUUUUAUGCUUGUUUAUAAGCAAGUUGAGAAUCUCCGUGCUGUUGGUUAUUCAGAUUCUGAUUUUGGUGGUUAUGUGGGUGAUUUAAAGUCAACUUCUGGAUAUAUUUUCACUUUGGUUGGCGCAACUAUUUAUUGUAAAAGUGUAAAACAGACUUUGAUUACUUCUUCUACUAUGUAUGCUAAGUUUGUAUCUUGUUAUGGGGCAUCUUUGCAAGCUGUGUGGCUAAAGAAUCUGAUUACAGAGAUACAAGUAGUUGAUUAUAUUUCCUUACCUAUGCUGAUCUAUUGUGAUAUUAGUGCUGUCGUUUUCUUUGCUAAAAAUAAUAAGAUCAGUGGUGCUUCAAAGCAUAUGGAGAUGAAGUAUCUUACUGUCAGAGACCUAGUCAAGAAAUGA